AUGCUAAACAUUGCUCCAUACAUUGCUAAAUAUGUAAGAUCUUUACAUGCUCAUCAAGAGCAACUAAAGAUUCCCUAUAGUCAAUCUCAAUUUGGUGUCGUUCUUAUGGUUGAUAUCGUUGGUUUCAGUGCUUUAACCACCAUCGCUGCCGAGAAAGGAGAUUCUGGUGCCGAGGCUAUUGCCCUCGAAAUUGGUGCCUAUAUGGGAGAGUGCAUUGAGAUUAUUGAGCAUUUCGGUGGUGAUGUAGUCAAGUUUCUCGGCGAUGCUGUGCUCGUUAGCUUCCAGCCGAAUAACUUUGAGGAUGAGGAUGAUGUAUACAUCGACGAUUCAAGCAAAGAGAAAUCAGCCCGCCAAAAGAACUUACUCGUGCGCCGAGCAGUAGAAUGUGGACUCCAAUUACUCGCCAGACAAUCACAUUAUCGAGUCUAUUUGACAGCAGAGGAGAGAUCAAAGCACAGAUCAUCACUCACAGGGGAAAUUGAUCGACGAGGGAUCCAGGAUAAAGAUCAGCGGUUUUUCUUGUUUGAUGCCAGUGGUCAUUCCACUGACAGCGAAGGCUCUGUUUCUCGAGACAGCCUCCACAUGUCGUCCGUUUUAGACCUGGAUCAUAGCUACGCAGAGGAGUAUUCAACAGCGUUCAAUUUUUGGAAUUGUAUACCAGCAUUGUUUGGGAAAAGUAGACAAAACAGAGUUUAUGCAACCCGAAGACAAAGUGAUACAAGUGAAACGACCAAGGGAGAACCUGAUGCCAUUGAUUUAGAGUUACACAUAGCAUUGUCUUGUGGAGAAAUUACAAAUGUUAUACUGGGUGAUAUGAAAGCGACACCAAACGAGUUGACUAAAAAGCAAAAGCGAUUCUCCUAUGUGAGCCCCAAUGGCACUGAAAAUAAUCUGGAUUCGACUCUGGAGUACACUGGAAGAUUGGAAUACGCAAUUUGUGGACCAGCUGUGGAAUCUCUAGAAGACGCUUUAUCAGCUGCAAAAGCUGGCGAAAUGAGUAUCACCCCAGAGGCUUUCAAGCUCUUCCAGAACCAAACCAUGGGCUUAUCGUACGAGAAAAGAGAUCAGUUCUUCGUGGUCAAGAGCUCAGAUGCGACCGCACCAAAGAAGAGCGGACGCCAUCAGCAUACAGGCAAAAGUGGAGCACCGUACGCCAACUAUUUAGCAGACAGACCUGGAUUAAUGAUCCGUGCAGCCACUCUCAACAUUGAGCCAUUGAUACCCCGUACUCGAGAUACAUCUUAUUUGGAAUUGUCAUCUGAUCCCAACCCCAACUACCUCAAAUAUAUCAACCGCAGCGCUUUGUAUAGACUUCAGCAUAGUCCUGACGAUAAUUUUCCUGCUCAAUUCAGAGAUGCAACCAUUAUGUUUAUCAGUUUGGGUAAACUGAAUGUAGCGACAUCAGAAGGUGUGAAGAUUGCGCAAAAAGCGACAUUUACAACCAUCCAAACACUGGUGAAGUAUGAAGGUAUUUUACAGCAGUUUGCAGUGGACGACAAAGGUGCUACUCUGUUGGCUGUAUUUGGUCUUCCACCAUUAUCCCAUGAAAGAGAAGCAGUGUUUGCAGCCAAAGCAGCCAUUGAUUUGCGAGAAAGUUUUAUGGAAUUCCUGGAUGAUUUCGCCAUCUCUCUCUCAACCGGUAUUAUUUUCAACUCUGUCUUACCUCAAGGCAACCCCUAUAGAAGAGAUCCAGCGAUUGCCGGCGAUACCAUCAUCCUGGCCGUGCGAAUGUUGAAAUUCCCAUUUUCCAAGAAACACAUUGUCUGUGAUUUUGAAACAAAGCAGCAAAUUGGAAGAGCUUGUGAUUUCGAGGACUAUGGAGAGAAGUUUGUCAAGGGCAAAGUGAAACCUGUGCCUAUCUACGGUAUUUUGCGAUUUGCAGCUGUCAAAACCAAGCGCAUCUCGACACAAAGCCAAGAAAAGAACUCUGACUUUAUCGGCUAUAGAUCGGAAAUGGGUGCUGCUACCGAAUUUGUAGAUGAAUGGGGAGAAGCACCAAAUCACCACCUAUUGAUUAUCUCUGGCCCCUCAGGUGUUGGUAAAAGUUUCUUUUGUCAUGCUCUGAGUAAAAAAAUCACAUCUCCUAGUACAAAUUGCUGCUGGUCAUCGUCCACUGAAGUUGAAAAAAGCUCCAAAUACUAUCUCGUCAAAAACAUCUUAUUGGCCUUGUUUGAUAUCAUUGAUUCGGAUCAGGUACCACAAAACACCAAACGAAAAGUCCCCUACUUGAGUGGCUCAGGAGGCGUUCAUAUCGAUUCUGCCCACUCUUACUCAAACGGUGAAGCAUCUGUCUCAUCAUCCACAUCAUCGGUGCUACCGUCACCCACAACCACCAAGGAAAACAGUAGCAAUAACAACCAACUUGCCGACACAGUGCACCAAAUGUCAACACACUCCAAUAUUUCACGAAACUCUACCGCCGAACCAGAAAUACAACACCCUGAAACUUCAAAUGAAAUUACAGAGCUUAUCACUCGUUGCCUUCAUAUCUGCGGUGAAGAGGACGGGCUACUACCAUUGUUCAAAGUGAUUUUCGCGGCACUGGCAGAUUUACCAGACAACAGAUAUACCCAGCGCUUGGAUGGACGUGGUAGAGAUAUCUUGCUCACAGGUGUUAUUACGCGUAUGAUUCGUCAUGUGUCUGAACAUGUCGGCCUUGUGUUUAUAUCAGACGAUGUACAAUGGGCUGACUCUGCUUCCAUCCGUUUACUGCAGCACAUUCAUGAACAUUGUCAGCGCGUUUUACUGGUAUUGGCAACGCGUCCUGUGAAAGACUACAAUGUCACUUUCAUCAACGAUUUUCGAGAGACUGGGUACUCUGAAGAGAUUGAUUUGAACGGCUUGGGAGCUACAGAGAUUGGUGAGAUUAUCUUACAGACCUUCCAAACUGCCGGUGUUACUAGUGUGAGUCCUGAAAUUGUCAGAGUCAUUCAAAAGCGUACUGCAGGGAAUCCGCUCUAUGUCAAAAACAUGGCUUUGAUCCUCAAAGAUUUCAAUCAUGUCACAGUAGUCGAGAGUGUCUUGGUGCCCAGCAGCAAUCGGUUUGAUCUGGAAGACUUGCUCGGCAAUUUCGACUAUAAGCGUAUCAUCAAAAUGCAGUUUGACCGAUUAGAAGGAAGCUUUCAAGAGUUCUUGACAGUCGCGAGUUGUCUGGAUCAGUAUUUCACCAUUGAAGAAGUGCAGUCUGUGCUCAAGGAAAACAAUACGGAUUUCAAGCGCGCCAACCCUGAUGAAGCGCGAGAGAAGAUUGAAAAGUACGAUUCUUAUCACUUUAUACAAAAGGCAGAGGACAGUAUCCUAGGUGCUCAGGGCGACUACUACACAUUUGCUCACAUCACGAUUCCUCAAAGCAUCUACGAUAUGGUCUCGUAUGGAACCCGCAUUUUGUUGCAUCGUCUGUUGGCCAAAUACUAUGAGAGUCAAUUAACCCGGGAAAACUACACAGACCUGCUUUCAAAGGUUACUCGCCAUUACUUGCAAACAGAUUGGCUCGAUAAACAGCUGUACUACUUGGAAGCUUUAGCAGAUCUCAACAUCAAAUCCUACCUGUUGCCUGAAGCUACUGGCAACUUGGAAAGAAUCGUCAAAAUCCUGGACGGAAACCCUAAUUUAGCUGCUCAGUUUGGCCGCAUCCAUCAGAGUGACAUCUACCGACGUCUAGGUAUGUGCUUUACGAUGCGCACAAAGCUCAAGGAAGGUGAACGUUUCUUGUAUCAUGCACUGGAUUGUUUGGGAGAACCGUGGCCUCAAAGCGAACCCGAGUUUUUAUUUAAGUUUUGGAUGAACCGACUAGCGCAAUACAGACAUCGCAAGUUACCCGUGUUCCGCAAAUUUGACAAGAAGGACAUCAAGAAAGAGAUUGGAAAAAGAGUAGUGGAAAUUAUGGCACAACUCUCCAACAUUUACUUUUAUACAGGAAAGGGUCGUGCAUUUGUGUAUACGUGUCUGGUGGGUCUCAACGCAUGUGAACGCUUGAAUGAAGUGGGUCCCAAUUAUACUUUGUUUCUAGCAAGAAAUUCGUUGUUGAGCUGGCUCAAUGAUGAAAAGGAGCAAAGUAUCUUUUAUAUUACUAAAGCGCUUCGAUACAUGGAUGAGAAGAACGAUGCUGAUACGCUGACUAUUUGCUCCCAUCUGUGUUUUGCUGCUGGCAAGUUCAAGAACGCAAGAGACUUACUAUACCAAUCCAUUGAUGCAGUCAAAACGCUGGGCGUGGUAACUGACUGUCAAGCGUUUUAUCGGUCGGUGGGCCUUGUGAUCACCAUGCGUAUCUUUGAAGGCACUCUGGACAACUCGCCCGAGGAUUUGGUGUUACUGAAACAAAUGGCGAAUACUGCGCAUAGCAAUUGUGAUUUCGAAGCAGAGAUCUGGCUAGGUGUAUACAAUGUCGGUAAUGCACUCAUUAUGGAUCGACUUCGUGAAUGUGAGCCCUUUGUAGCGCUUUUGGAAACCCAUUUGAAGCAAUCUGCGGACUACAACCGCAUAGCUAUUCAUGGUACCUUGCUUUGUUACUAUGCUAGAACCCGCAAUUACGAGUACGCUCGCAGACACACGCGAAGUCUGGUGGCUAUUUUGCCUCUUUUGACCGUGACACCCAACAUAUUCCCAAUUUUUGGUCUGAUCUUUGCUACCAUGGGCAUGUAUUGUUUAAUUGAAGAUGAGCAAGUUGAUUUUGUAUCAUCGGGAAACUCCAAGAACUAUGAUCGAUUUAUUCUCGGUGUAUCCAGAAUCAAUCAUGCCUUUCAGCAGGUGAAAUUCUGGGAGUUUACUCAACCGUGUUUGUAUCUCGCACGAGCAUUACCUUAUAUCAGUACUGGAAGAACGGUGGAAGGGUUCAUGGUAUUACAGCAUGGUGUGCUCGAAAUGCGUUUCAUUCAAGAAAUCAGGUUCCUGAAAGCUUAUUAUUGGGCGAUGCUCGGUAAAUAUGCAUUCACACCAGCAGAUCGCAUUGAAUGGACACAUCGUGCCAGAGCUGAUUUUGUGGAUCUCAAAAUCCCGUAUCAUGUGUAUUGUAAUCCUGAUCCAGCAAACUCUUACUCACGCAACAUUCCAGCAGAUCUGACUGCAUAA